CAGCUGACCGCCAGGGUUGCCAUUCACCUGACGUACUGCGCAGGUAAACAUAAACAGAACAAGAAGAGAAAACAUGGACUGUGCACCGCUGAAUUUGGCUCAUUUCCAUGAACGCCGCUCCGAGCGUUUCAUCCGCCAUCAUCGCUACGAAGAGGCAAUUAAAGCAUUAGAAACUUCUUUGCUUUAUCUUCAGGAUGCAUACAAAAAUGUACAGCUGCCCAAAUCGAAAGAGGUGCUGGACACAUUAACACUGGACUUUCAGCGCAAGCUGCGACAAAUUGAAAUGCGCAAAACACAACAUGGCCUAACGAAGAUGAAGGAUUUCGUGCAGCUCAAGGAAACAAGUCCCAUGUUGCCACUGCGACCAGAACAUGGCGUGGGAUCGGCACAAUCAGUGGCUAAGGCUAUCGAUAAGACCGUGCAGGACUUUGACGCCAAGUUCAUUUCAACAGUGGAGCGUAAAGCAGCGAUACCUGAACUUAAAGUAGACAACAAACUGACGAGCGAUACACAGGCGGAGAGUCAAGAGCUCAACCUGCUGGAGCGCAGCACAGAGAAUGACAUGCCCUCAUUGACACCCUUGGAGCUACCUUCGUUCGAUUACACCUUGUUCACCAGCUCGUCAGCGCCAUCGCUGGCCAGUUAUAUGGGCAUGGCGGAAAGCUUUCAAAAGUAGUUAAGUGUACGUGAUAUUUAUAAUUAAAGAACAAACUAGAUGACUAAAUUAAUAGACUUUAUGUGCAGUA